GUCCCAGGCAGUCCACGUGCAGCAAAUGUGGAAAACCCUUCGGCCACAAGCCUGUCUUUAUCUAUCCCCGGGUUCGGCGCGGCGGAGAGAACAGCUACGUGUGCGGUGAGUGUGCGCAAUCUUUCAGUCGGGGCUUGGCGUUCGUUCGCUAUCGGAGAGUUCAAACUGGAGAGAAGCCUUAUAAGUGUACCUACUGCGCCAAGUCCUUCACCUCUAUCGCGGGCCUUGGUUAUCAUCAGAGCUCCCACACGGGCAAAAGACCUUACGUGUGCAGUGACUGUGGGAAAUCGUACAUCACCCCGACGGCCCUGCGCUACCAUCAUCGUGUCCACACCGGGGAAAGGUCUCACGCCUGCAGCGAGUGUGGGAAAUCCUUCAGUAACAGGUGGAAGCUCGUUCGCCACCAGAGAAUUCACACAGGAGAGAAGCCUUAUGCGUGCGGCACGUGCGGCAAAUCUUUCACCAACAGCUUCACCCUUCGGUACCAUGAGCAAGGCCACCUGGGAAAGAGGCCUUACGAGUGCGGCGAGUGCCGGAAAUGUUUCACCACCAGCUCCGGCCUCCGUUACCAUCUCAGCAUUCACACGGGCACGAGGCCGUACAAAUGCAGCGAGUGCGGCAAGACUUUCAUCUGUCGCUCGACCUACCGGUCUCAUCAGAAGACUCACUCGGGAGAAAAGCCCUACGAGUGCGGUGACUGCGGGAAAUCUUUCACCCGGAGAAGUAGCCUCCUGUAUCACCAGAGAGUUCACACUGGAGAAAGGCCCUUUGAGUGCGGUGAGUGUGGGAAAUCCUUUACCAGGAUCUACGCCCUUCAUUGUCAUAAGAGAGUUCACACCGGGGAACGGCCUUACGAGUGCAGCGAGUGUGGAAAGUCGUUUCCCACGAGCAGUAGCCUCGGAAAACACCGGAAAGUUCACCCUGGAGAAAGGCCUUACGGGUGCGGCGAGGCUGGGAAAUCUUUUGCCGGGAGCGACAUCUUCUGUUACCAUCAGAGAGUUCACGCCAGAGAGAAGCCUUUCAAAUGCAGCCAGUGUGGGAAGUCUUUCUCCUCCG